AAGGACUACUACUAAUAAUAGAAAGAAAGACAAUAGUAGGCAGCUUAAAAUGGAGAAGAAUAUUGGGCAGAGAAGAUUUGAAGGGAAAGUGGCACUUCUCACAGCUUCAACUCAGGGCAUUGGUUUCGCUACUGCGGAGCGCCUCGGGUUAGAAGGUGCCUCUGUUGUCGUUUCUUCUCGCAAUCAGGAAAAUGUUGAGCAAGCUGUAGAAAAACUCAAGGCCAAAGGGAUUGAAGCUUAUGGAGUUGUAUGCCACGUCUCAGAUGCACAGCAGAGGAAGGACUUGAUAGACAAAACCGUCCAGAAAUAUGGAAAGAUAGACGUGAUUGUAUCGAUGGCGGCUGUGAAUCCCUCCGCAAGUAGAAUUUUGGAAACGGAAGAAUCAAUACUCGACAAGAUGUGGGAAGUCAACGUCAAAUCCUCCAUUCUUAUUUUACAAGAAGCGGCUCCUCACUUAAAAGAGGGUUCUUCUGUGACAUUUAUUGCCUCUAUUGCUGCCUAUGAACCAAUAUGGCCUUCCAUGGCUUUGUAUGGGAUCACCAAGACAGCCCUUCUUGGACUAACCAAGGCACUUGCAGCUGAAAUGGCACCAAAUACCCGCGUUAACUGUGUGGUGGCUGGCAUUAUACCUACACAAUUUUCUGGAUUUAUUACUGCCAAUUCUGAUAUCGUAAGAUUAACUUAAGUACCCUAUUGCCAUUGUUUUCUCCUUCUUGAUAUUGUUACCUCCAAAAAAAUAAAAUUGUGAUAAUAAUUGUAUAAUUUCUGCAUAAAGUUACAUAAUAUUCUAUAAUUCUUUAGAUUUGGGUGAUGUUGCAUCGUUUUUUCUUUUUUUUUUUAUUAAAAAAAAAUUAUGCAGAGAAACUAUUUUAAGGAGAUGACAUAUCUGAAAAGGCUGGGAACCACCGAUGAGAUAGCAGCAGCCCUUGCAUUUUUGUCAUCAGAUGAUGCCUCUUACAUCACCGGCGAAACUUUGGCCGCUACCGGAGGAUAUCAUUGCAGGCUUUAAUCAUGCAAUUCAUCGUUACCAUUUCUUUCCAUAUUAUUUUGUUGGUGGUGAAAUUCACCCGAAUGUUUCUUUUAUAAUAAUAACUAGAUGUUUGGCCCAGGCAGAUGUCCGAACGCCCCUUCUAAAUUACUAUUUUAUUAAAAUCUAAUUGAAUUACUAUUUUUUUGAGGAAUUAAUUUGGCG